GUUGCAGCAGCGGCAGCUGCACAUGUGGGUUUGUUUAUAAGAACAAGGCAAGACCGAAGUUUGAGGUAGACGAGCAGGCGAGCCGUUUGCCCGGGCGCAGAGCAUGAAGGCCGGGCGGGCGCGGGGAGCGGGCGCCCGCCGCCCGGCGCGGGGGUGAGCGAGAGAGAGAGCGGAGCGCGUGUGGCCGGCGCCGCUCGGCCUGGAGCUCCCGCGCCCGCGCCCCGCGCCCCGCGCCCGCCGCCGCCGCCGCCGCCGCCGCCGCCCCUGGUGCGAUGGCGCAGAAACCCCGUUGACAAGGCACUGCUUUUUCAUGACGUUGUCAUGGAUGAUGACGAUGACUCCUGUCUCCUCGAUCUUAUUGGAGACCCACAAGCAUUGAACUAUUUUCUGCACGGACCUAGCAGUAAAUCGAGCGGCGAUGACGUGACGAGCGCAGGGUAUUCUGCGGCCAAUUCUAAUUCAAUCUUCGCCAACUCCACGAACGCUGACCCUAAAUCGUCCCUCAAAGGUGUGAGUGACCAGCUUGGCGAGGGGCCCAGUGAUGGGCUGCCGCUCGCAAGCAGCCUUCAGUUUCUUGAAGAUGAACUUGAGUCUUCUUCUCUCCCCGAUCUCAGCGAGGACCAACCCUUUGACAUUCUUCAGAAAUCCUUGCAGGAGGCUAAUAUUACUGAACAGACAUUGGCAGAAGAGGCGUACCUGGAUGCCAGUAUAGGCUCAAGCCAACAGUUUGCACAAGCCCAGCUUCAUCCUUCUUCAUCAGCGUCCUUUACUCAGGCUUCUAAUGUUUCUAAUUACUCAGGUCAGACACUGCAGCCUAUCGGGGUGACUCACGUGCCUGUUGGAGCACCGUUUGCAAGCAAUACAGUGGGCGUGCAGCAUGGCUUUAUGCAACACGUGGGGAUCAGUGUUCCUAGCCAGCAUUUGCCUAACAGCAGCCAGAUUAGUGGCUCCGGUCAGAUACAGUUAAUCGGGUCCUUCGGUAAUCAGCCUUCCAUGAUGACUAUUAAUAACCUCGAUGGCUCUCAAAUCAUACUGAAAGGCAGUGGGCAGCAAGCCCCAUCCAAUGUGAGUGGGGGGCUUCUGGUUCACAGACAGACUCCUAACGGCAACUCUCUGUUUGGGAACUCCACUUCCAGUCCCGUAGCACAGCCUGUCACCGUUCCAUUUAACAGCACAAAUUUCCAGGCAUCUUUACCUGUACAUAACAUCAUUAUUCAAAGGGGUCUCGCACCAAAUUCAAAUAAAGUCCCAAUUAAUAUCCAGCCAAAGCCGGUCCAGAUGGGUCAGCAGAGCGCAUACAACGUGAACAACCUUGGGAUCCAGCAGCACCAUGUCCAGCAAGGGGUCUCCUUCGCCUCCACAAGCUCACCCCAGGGCUCCGUGGUCGGUCCGCACAUGUCUGUGAACAUUGUCAACCAACAGAACACGAGAAAGCCCGUCACCUCGCAGGCAGUGAGCGGCGCAGGGGGCAGCAUCGUCAUCCAUUCCCCCAUGGGCCAGCCUCACACUCCCCAAAGUCAGUUCCUUAUACCCACAAGCCUUUCUGUCAGCUCCAACUCGGUGCACCAUGUCCAGACUAUAAAUGGGCAGCUGCUUCAGACUCAGCCCUCCCAGCUCAUCUCUGGCCAAGUGGCCUCCGAGCAUGUCAUGUUGAAUAGGAAUUCUUCUAACAUGCUCAGGACCAAUCAACCAUAUUCUGGACAGAUGCUUAACAACCAGAAUGCCGCUGUCCAGCUGGUGUCUGGGCAGACUUUUGCCACCUCUGGAAGUCCAGUGAUAGUCAACCACGCCUCUCCUCAGAUCGUUGGAGGACAGAUGCCCUUGCAGCAGGCCUCACCCACCGUGUUACACCUGUCACCCGGGCAGAGCGGUGUUUCCCAGGGAAGGCCAGGCUUCGCCACCAUGCCCGCGGUGAGCGGCAUGGCAGGACCCGCUCGGUUCCCUGCCGUCAGCUCAGCUAGCACUGCUCACCCUACUCUUGGGCCUACGGUGCAGUCGGGGGCACCGGGAUCAAACUUUACUGGAGACCAGCUGACACAAGCCAACAGAACGCCAGCGCCCGUCAGUGUGGCCCACCGUCUUCCAGUCUCUGCUCCCAAAUCUCCCAGCACCUUGAGCAGCACCCCGGGGACACAGCAGCAGUUCUUCUGUCCGGCUCAGAAGAAGUGUUUGAACCAGACCUCCCCCAUUCCCACGUCCAAGACCACAGACGGCCUGAGGCCAUCACAGAUCCCCGGGCUCUUGAGCACUGCACUGCCAGGACAGGAUUCUGGAAACAAAAUUAUGCCAGCGACCUUGGGGGCCACACAGCCACAACAAGAAAACUCAGUUGGAUCAUCCCCCAGCCAGACAGCUGUGCAGAAAAACCGCUUGUAUGUGGACUGCAUCCUCCAGCAGUUACAGAGGGACCAAGCCCACGCUGUGACACCUGACAAAAGCCAGUUCCGGUCACUAAAUGACUCGGUGCAGAGACUGCUCUCAUACCAUGUGUGCCAGGGCUCCAUGCCCACGGAGGAAGACCUGAGGCAAGUGGACAAUGAAUUUGAAGAAGUCGCCACUCAGCUCCUCAAAAGAACCCAAGCUAUGCUGAACAAAUACAGAUUCCUGCUUCUGGAGGACGCCAUGAGAAUCAAUCCCUCUGCAGAGAUGGUGAUGAUUGACAGGAUGUUCAACCAGGAGGAAAGAGCUUCCCUGUCGAGGGACAAGCGUCUGGCGCUCGUGGAUCCUGAGGGUUUUCAGGCUGAUUUCUGUUGUUCCUUCAAACUUGACGAAGCUGCACCUGAGAUCCCGCUUGACAGGAGUGACCAGCAUCGCAGCAAAACCAGCUCGCUCCAUCAGGUGCCCAGGGCCCAAAGCAGAGACCGAGCCAAGCCAGGCAUGGCAGAAGCAACGAACCAUGACCAGUUUCAUCUAGUGCCUAACCACAUCGUGGUCUCUGCAGAGGGAAACAUUUCUAAAAAGUCAGAAGGCCACAGUAGAACACUGAAAUUUGACAAAGGAGUCUUAGGUCAAUACCGGGGUCCGCCUGAGGACAAGGGCGGCCGGAGGGACCCUGUCAAGGUCAGCGGGUGCUCUCCGGGCCCCGAGGGCCACCGCAAGAGCUUGCCCAGGCCAGAUCACGGCUCUGAGAGCAAGCUCCCCGGCAUUCUGGCCAGCUCGCACAUGGAGAUGCCGUGCCUCGACUCCUUCCAGGACAAAGCGCUGAGGAAUUCCCCAAAGAAUGAGGUUUUACACACAGACAUCAUGAAAGGGUCGGGUGAGCCCCAGCCAGAUCUCCAGCUCACCAAGAGCCUAGAGAAAACCUUUAAGAACAUCCUGGAACUCAAGAACGCAGGGCGGCCGCAAAGCGACCCUACGGCCAGCGGCGGCGCGGUGGACCUGGACUUCCCCAGCUUUUCUCCAAUGGCUUCGCAGGAAAACUGCCUGGAAAAGUUCAUCCCGGACCACAGUGAAGGCGUUGUAGAAACAGACUCCAUUUUAGAAGCAGCUGUAAAUAGUAUUCUAGAGUGUUAAUAGCAGCUGUCCUCCUUCAGACCCUACCCCGGACCAGUUACACUCUCUCCCAGCAAAGCAAAUGGAAACGGCUCCCAUCUGUCUCCAGCCUGCUUGGUCCUCCAUCACAGGUUAUCCUUUCUAAUCUCACCCUGUUCUUUUGAAGAGCAAUACAUGUCGUCAUGGCUGCGGGGAGACCCCUCAGUGCACCCACCUCUCUCUAGAAAGCAGUCCGAUAGGCCCUCCACAUUUCAAGUGUCAUGGAAGUGCUUACGGCCAUUGUUGUUCGUUCAUUUGUUUUGUGGUUUGUUUCUUAGCACUGUCGCUCGAGACCACAGUACACUUGGCCCUGGGUAAAAUUUUGACAAUCAUAAGUCAUUUCAAAAGAACAGACUUAUUAAAGAAAAAUCAAACAGGACUGAUAGAAGCCACUUUUUUAAAGACUCUCUCACUGCAGCUCCAAAGUAGUGGUUUGGUUUUGUUCUGUUUUCAGGGGGAGGGUGUUUGCAUAGGGGAGACUCCUCUGUGUCCAGCGCUCUGAGCAGUGGGUAGCCUGUGCUCUGCCUGGAAGCCCACCGCCCUGGCUAAGACGCCAGGAGCAUAGAUAGCCACAGAGCAUCCUCCUGACAUCCAGUGCUGUGCGAUGCUGCAAAAGCAGAGCCUUGUGUUUGUCUUCAGCACAUUCAUGCUGAAUUCUGUCUGAGAAUGUUCUGUUCUUAGCCCUAGGUGUACGCCUUGACAUCCUCACAAGCUCACUAGGGAACAAUGGGAGCCAAUUGUAAGGCAGCGAGCUGGGGAGGCACCGGGGUCUCCGUGUGUUCCAUCGACUUAGAGUUUUGCAUUUUAUAAUUGGGUGAAGUCAACAUUACCUAUGUUCUUUAUUGUUGCUGAAUUCUGUUCCGUUUAAGCUCGUUGUUCCCCUCUCCCUCAGCCACGCAUCAAAAGGCUUUAACCUGAAAACUGUGUUGUACUCUUUCAGUUGAAGCUUUUGAAUGGGACUCUGGCCUUGUUCCUGAGAACAGUAGUCAACAUUGUAUCAGUCAUUCCCAAACACAGUAAACCAAAGGUCACAACCAGCAGGCCGCUGAAGGAAGAGACCGAGGCAGGAGACCUUGGGCCAUGUCCUGGCCCCGCACCCGCUGUGUGUGGUCCAGUUCACCGUAGCGAGCAAGCCUUCCUCUUUAUGUUCUAUCGGGGAGUGGUCCUCAUCCUUUUCCCUCUGUGCGGGCCUGCGCCAGGGCAUGUUCUGUUGCUACUCGCUGUCCUCGUGUGUAGUAACAGGCCACGGUGCUGGGCAUCUGCAGCCCUCCUCCCACCAUCUCCACCAACCUCUGGGAUCCAGAGGUAGCUUUGAUUCCCAUGAGGGCUUACUCCCUCUGUUCAUCCCCAGGCUGUAUAAAUGCAUCCAUUGAUUUCCUCCGCUUCAUUAUACCCCCAAAAUGGAGUAGUCCCUAUGGUCAUCAUGUGGAGUGUUUCUUUUCCAGAUUGGCCUGCAAUGGAAAGGAAGGCUUUUGAUUUUUAUCUUUUUUUUUUUUUUUUCACAUAACACAGCAACAAUCUAGGCAUGGUGGCAUACACCUGUAAUCCCAGCAGUCAGGUGACGAAAGCAGGAGAGUCACUGGUUCAAGGCCAGCUUGGGCUAUAUAACACACCCCUGCCUCAAACACAGAAGAAGAAAAAUUUGAGCAAUAGCAGACUUUGUGGACCUUUCUUACCCCUCUGUCCACUACACAAAAGAACUCUGUGAGACAGCCAGUCUUUGAGAGCAAUGGACCUUCUCCCGCCCACAGCCCAGCCAACCAAACUAGAAGAGUCUGGGCUUCGAGUUGUCCUUCUCUUCCUUCUCUGUGCCAAUGUCCAAGUUGCUCACUUCCUUCCUGCAUUAUAAAUAUUAGAAAGUUGAGUUGUUUACCAGUUAGACCUCUGUCUGGGCUGCCCUGACCUCUCUGACGUCACAGGCUCUUCUCAGCCUCAUGGUUACCAUUCAAAAUGGCCCCUGGACGCCUGCACAUGGCUACUAAUGAAUUACUUUAAUUAUUGCAAAUCAGUGGAAUUCUUACGAGACAAGAAAGUCUCGUGUAUAUUUGUUACCUCCUUCCCCCCCCCCCCCCCCCGCCCCAGCCCUAGUUUUCUCUCCUGUAUGUCAGGAUUACAGGGCUUCUCGCCAUGACAUUGGUCCCACACAAGGAGAGCCUACUGUACCAAAAUGAAACUUGUAAGUUUUUGUGUCCUUGUAUGUAAGUUUGCUUUUUAUGGAGGAAAUACUCUAGAUAAUGACAAAUGAAGAUUACAAAGUGUAUUUUACUCCUGUGAUUAGGUUACACCACAUGGGUCAUAACUCACUCCCGAGCCCCCACUGCUGAAGGGAAGCGCUCUGCCUCAGUGGCCAACGUUGGUGGUUCAGGGUCAGUAGUCGGUUGAGUUUUAGAACGCGUGCUCAGUAACAAAAAUCACUUUUUCUUCCCUUUGUUUUUAAUCUGUUGUUGUGGAAAAGUAUGAAUUUGUUAUUACGCAUUGAUUUUCUGUGUCCUUAAGUACUGCCUAAAGAUGAAGCAAAUUUUGAACUGGCAAUUACGAUAAGGAAUUCCCUUAGCUCUGGAGAAUUUAGUAGACUCUGUUAGAUUAGGGAGGCCUCACAGGCUGGCCGGCUCCAAGGACGGUCACUCACUGUCAGUGUGGUGUGGGCUUUAUUUGCUUAAAUACCUUCAUUUGUAUAGUAUGUCUCACUUGAAAUUGCUUUGUAUACAUUUUGUAAAAAUAUUUAUAAAAUGUUUUGUAAAAAAAAAAAAAGUAUAACAAAUUGCAGUUUAUUUUGUUAUGUUGGAUAAAUACUGUUAAACCAGUCAGUACCUAUAUUGUUAAUCCAUGGUUAGGGUAUGUUCAGUUGGAGAUUACAAAAUGAAACAACCAUUGCAAUACAGCCAAAGAUUUGGGAAAA